AUGGUGUUUGUGAUUGAGAAAGAAGAGAUCCUGUUGGAUGUGACCUCUCGGCUGUGGUUCACCUACAGAAAGAACUUCCCUGCCAUUGACUGGAGGUGGAUAAAAGGCAAGAGGCAGACAGAUAAUUACUUCAGUGUUCUUAAUGCCUUCAUAGACAAAAAGGACAGCUACUACUCCAUUCACCAGAUAGCCCAGAUGGGAGUUGGAGAGGGGAAAUCCAUCGGUCAGUGGUAUGGACCAAACACAGUUGCACAAGUGCUUAAAAAACUUGCCACUUUUGAUACAUGGAGUUCACUGGCAGUACACAUAGCCAUGGAUAACACUGUUGUGAUGGAAGAGAUCAGGCGGUUGUGCCAGUCCAACUUCUCCUGUGCUGGAGCUGCAGCAUGCCCUGCUGUAGAGGCAGAUGUGCUCUAUAAUGGGUACCCAGAGGAAGCAGGGGUUAGAGAUAAGCUCUCACUGUGGAAACCAUUGGUGCUGCUGAUACCUCUCCGCCUUGGGCUCACAGAGAUCAAUGAAGCCUAUAUUGAAACACUAAAGCACUGCUUCAUGAUGCCCCAGUCCCUCGGAGUGAUCGGAGGCAAACCAAACAGUGCUCACUACUUCAUUGGUUAUGUAGGUGAGGAGCUCAUUUACCUGGAUCCCCACACCACACAGCCUGCAGUGGAGCCCAGUGACAGUGGCUGUCUCCCCGAUGAAAGCUUCCACUGCCAGCACCCUCCCUGCAGAAUGAGCAUCGCUGAGCUCGACCCCUCCAUUGCAGUGCUGUCCCUGGUAAGAGGAGCUCUGCCCAUGUUUGAACUGGUUGAACGCCAGCCAUCACAUUUCUCCAACCCUGACGUUCUGAAUCUCACACCAGACUCCUCCGAUGCCGACAGAUUGGAAAGGUUCUUUGACUCAGAAGAUGAAGACUUCGAGAUCUUAUCCCUUUGA